UGGCUUAAUGGUAGACGAACGUGACAAACGCGCCAUUAAAAAAGAGGCACACUUUUAUCUAACACAAGUAUUAGUUUUAAUUUUUUUUUAUUUUAAUGUUUAAUUUUAUUUAAUCCCUGGUUAGAUAAAAAGAUAAGAUUAUCAAAAUAGAUAGAUUAGAGUAUCAAAUUCAUGCUAAUCAAAGGGAAGGAUCGACGGCAAAAUUACAAAAGAACAUUCGAAGUGCAGUGGAUCCGAUCCAAAGACCGUCUAAUACCCGGUCUAGUAUAUUAAUGGAUUUGCACACUUUCUCAGAUGUCAUCUUAUUGAAGAUCAAGUUAUAUACGAAGCAUAGCAUCUGAUUUUGUUUCAAAGCCAAAUUAUAACUGAUAAUAUUUUAGUGCAGACACAAAUGGCACACAGAUGUAAUGCGCAAAAUCUAUUAUCCUUGCUAAAUACGUACGAACUUAACGAUUGAACUUAAGUGUCUUUUAACUUCUGGUACCAUUAGUCUUGAAUACAUUACAAGUGGAAAAUGGGAAACUGGAAAAAAACAAGACUAUUACAAGAAGAGCUCUCGUACAAACAGCAUUAACUACAUGAAAUCCUGAUCUGAAGUAAUGCAAGAAUUAAGACUAGUAACCAUGGCUGGCCAACCGUAAAGGCCUUGUAUUGGAGGUUACCAAGCACGAAGCUAGGGGGCAAGUAUGACUUUGCAAAAACGCAUCCAGCAAAGAGCAUAUCAAAGACAAUGUUGAAGCAGAACAAGUCAUAACAAACACAAAAACCGUAAUCAAAAUCCAUGGCAAACGUUUCAAGCCAAGGAAACUUAUCAUGCUUUUCAAACUUUACAAAACACGAAAACCGGACAGACACAAAAGGGUCUAAAGUUAAUCCCUACGCCGCAGUCUUCUUAAAUUUCCCCGAGUGGUUAUGGAUAGUGCAGUGUAUCCUCGCGAUAGUCACGCUGAUUGGUAACGGUUUUGUUAUCUGGAUCCUCAGCACGAGGAAGUCUCUUCUGCAACAGCCGUGCCCUAACGGCCGAGUCAUCCUUUCGCUAGCAGUCGCAGACUUGUGCAUAGGAUUACGGCUGGAAGCCUUGUGUGUGUUCGCCGCAAGGUGUGACGAAAUGACUUGGCGCGUUCUCGUGUUCAUCAUCAAAGCGCUUGCUAAUGCCUCGGUGACGAAUCUCUGCUUGCUGGCUUUGGAUCAAUACGUCGCUGUCGUGCAUCCGUUCUAUCAUUCGUGUUUCUCGGCUCCGUCUAAAAUCAUCACUCUGAUCAUCGUCGCGUGGUUGAUUCCGUUCAUCAUGGAGCUCCCGUUCCUAGUCCUCUCACUCAACGCCGCGGUAGUCUACCGUCUCAUCUAUCUAAUCGUCACCAACCUCCUACCUAUCGCUUUCAUUGUGUACAGCUACGCAAGGAUCAUAAGCGUAAUCCGCAGACAUCGCAGACAAAUAAGAGAGCAGGAGUUAUCCACUCACUCACGAGAACCAAGUUCUCACGCCACCACCGAAGGCGCGCCUGGACACAAGUCACGCCGAGUACGGUUUAACAGAGUCAUAUCAAGUGACGUUAUCGCUAUAGCCAUAGUAGUAGCUAUAUUUCUAGUUUGUAAUUGUUUUUAUUUAAUCUGGAAUGCAUGUGCGUUUGUGGUGCCUGGGUGUAAGCCGUCCUUAAAGUUGACAAUCGUCAGUUCCCUUUUCAGGUAUUUGAACUCCGCGCCGAAUUUCUUCGUGUACGCUUUUAUGAAGGCUGAUUAUCGAAGAGAAAUACUGGCUCUACUUAGAUGCUAAGGAGGAAAAGUGAUUAUGAACCAAUCCGUAAAAGUUUUCUUUUGCCGCGUGACCGUUACCGAACCAAACAGUAGCUGUCGGUUCGACACAGCUUAAAGAAUGUCGAUCGACCCAUCCUUGUUAUUGUUUAUCAUUGAAAUUACAACUAUUUAUUCGAAGGGAAACUUAAAAAAAACAAUCUACGAAUGAAGUCUGAUACGUUAUUGACGAUAUUUGAUUGAAAAAAAAAGGUUAUUCGCUCGAAUUAGCCGAUGGUAAUAGAUGCGGCAUGAUUGGCUUUCUUCAAAGAAGGUAUAUUAUGCCCCUUUUUACGCUCCCGCACAAUACCGACUCCUUCAAAGAAUCCACUCCAAUGCUUAUUCAAUGUUACGACUUGUCAAUCAAAAGUUUAUAUCAACCAAUCAGGAUAAAGUUGCGAAUCGAAAGGAAAGGAAGCUGGGCCGACUUUAUUCAGAAUUGCAGCCAUAGGCUGGAUUGCUCUGGAUUUACAUUACAAGGGGUCUUAUUCGGACUGCUAUAUAAGGCGCACUGUGCUGCCGCGCAGUUUACAUGGAUGAGAGAGUGUUAGUAUGUUAAUACCCCUUUUGGUUAUGCGGCCAAGUAGAGUUUUUUAACGUCCCUAUAACAGGUUGGUUAGCUAGUUUUUUUCGAGACGGGACCGCCAUUUAACAUAAUUCAUCCGAGCCACGAGGGAUACACAGUACCCUGGUCCUCUUGCUUGAGAAGCUAAGCCCAUACAACUGAGCUACCCCACCACUCUCAAGAAUCGCCGCCAUAAUUUCCAAACAAGCUUGAUUGGCAUGUCGGAACUAUCAAUUCAAGCAAAGGACUGAGAUGCUAUCAAUGAAAUAUCAUCGUAAUAUCAUUUCAAGGUUCGCUCGUCGGCUCGUUAUACCUUAGCCGUAAGCGUAUCAUUACCUGUAACUUCCACGGGUGGCGGAGCGGCGGUUCGAUACAUACUUAGCUACAUGUAAACCGCGCGCUCAUGCAACUUUCCACUCAGAAAUGUUAGGGGGGUGGGGGGGCGCUCUAUGUCAUUUCCUAUCCCCCUCCCCGGGCUUGUUAGCUUGACCGUUUCCUUACCGUCAGCUGAGUCUCCGUCCAAACUUGAGGCAGCAUUCCAGCCUCAGGUACCAGUUGGCGACUCAGAGAGAAGCGGUCAACCAGAUCAGCAGUCGUCAUGUAAUCGUAGUCGCGCACAACCACUCGGACUUGUAGUGUACCCUAAUACGAAAUAUCAGCCAAAUAAUCUGGGAUGGACCAUUUAAUAUAUGGGAAUAUAAUUAUUUUGUUUUGUUUAAUUAUUCGAGGAAACUUGUCAAAACUGAUAUAUUGCAUAUUAAAGAAAAUACCAUGUGUUUUUGUAAGACGCAUAAAAGAGUCUAAAAA